UCCCGCACCUGCGUUCAAUAUUUUUUGAUUAACAAUGUCUAUUUUAUAUGUUUUCACAUUUUUAUUGAUUUUUCCGUUUUGCUCCGGAUUGCGAUCUUGCACAACCGAGGAAAUCAAUAACCUUGUUACAAACUGUUCUACUUAUGAGACUAAACUCUCCUGGAUUAGAAAAUUUGAAAUAUCUACUACAGAAAAGUUAACAAAGACGAGAAAAUUAUGCUUACAAGCAUCGAAUUGCUAUACUUCCAUAAAAUGCCAAGAAUCUGUUGAAAAAUUUGAGAAAAGUCGACUUGACUGUGACAAAGACCAAUUUGUUAUUGGCGGUGUUCCAAAUUGUAUUGAGUGGUUUUUCAAAAAAAUUUACAAUGCGAAUUAUAAUGAAUGUCUCCUGGAAAAUGAUUUCCUGACGUUCAAUCUAACUACCCGACGUGAAGCCUUUACAUUUGGAAAGCAGUGCGUCUUGAAAGUUUUAAAUGAAAGCCAAGAGUGUGAUCCAGAGGCUGUUCAAUUUAUAACUGAAAAUUAUCUGCAAAUAGUUGAUUACCUAACGAUUAAAUCCAACGAUUGCCAGGAUGUUCAUUCUCAUUAUCACAAACUUCAUUGCGAUUUGAUUGAUGAUGAAUAUAAUAAAGAAUAUGAGAGAUUGAUAUGGGGUGAUAAGAAAGUUGAGGAUACUGGCUUGUUCAUGAUACAACUAGGCCGGGAACUCAUUGAAUGCGAGUCUCACUCAUGUCACAAUUCUGGUGGCAUUGAAAUCGGAAAUUUGAAAGAAGAAAUUUUGGCGAUGGAAAUCUAUGGCAGAAAUUAUUCGUGGAAAUGUCUGUACGACAUUAGGAGACCCUCAAUGAAGACUUUAAUGGAAAAGUUAUUGUGCCUACGUGAUAGUAAAUUAGGGGACGAUCAAGAAUGCCGGAGAAAAUUUGUUGAAAAAAUCUGUGGAAAUGGAAAUGCCACUGAGGGAACUGAAACCCCUAUGGUUACAGAAUAUUACACGGAUGAUUGAAUGAACUAUUAUUU